UCGGUUGAGCCGGGAUGCCCUAAUUGAGCCAGGAUAACGAUACAUGAAUCUUAUAUGUGUGCCGGUAUGUGAUAAAUGAAGUCUAUAUGUGUGCUGGUAUGUAUGCUUAUUGAUAAGCCGAAUUUAUGUGACCGAAUAAAGGUGAGUUUCCAUGUGAACAUAACAAGGGCAAGGUCAAAGUCUUUGCUAUUGAUUUGUCAUCGACAUAAGGCGGGGAAAGUAUUUGUAUGCAUUAGUACGACAACAAGGCAUCAUCCUGCACGAGUAUUAGUGAAUUUACUCAUUGAAUCUCCCUGACUCACUCCCCGUUGUUUUUUCUCUUUUUAGGUCCGUAAGACAGAGGAUGACAUAGAGGAGCUAGGAUUAACCUCGGCCUUCACUUGUGAUAUGAUUUGUGUGUGGACGGCCCGUGGAAAAAGAGCUUGUAAAAUAUAUUUAAGUAAAAUGGCAAUAAUGUGUCUUGCCUGUUAUGCUUUUCGUGAUUUCCAACUGUUAUUAUGUUUGGGAAUUGUUUAUACACGUUACCGCAUGUGUUUAAUAAUCAGAUGUUACAUAUUAAUAUAAGGUUUGCUCAUAAUGCUUGUCAUAACCCCGUUGUUUGUCCUGAUUGUGAUUGUCCCGAAUUAAUUGCUUCCGCUUGUGCUUAGUCAAAGAUAAUAAUGAACGGGACGUCGCGCUAAUAACCUCGAGGUAAGGACGUUACAGUUGGAUUGUGAGUUCUUUAAUAAUUUCAAAACUUAUAACUCGCAAGAUUAAGGACACAAACUUGGCAUGUCUAUUUUGGAUGGAUUCCAGGUCGAUGACUAUGAAGACACUGGUUGUUACAAUCUUGAAUGUCCUAGGUUUGUGCAAGUCGAUCGUAAAGUCGCUCUAGGAUCUUCUAUUCAACCUAUCUCCAUCUAUAGUGGCCAACAUGUCAUAUAUGUAUCCAUAAUCAAGAACUUAUCUAUUCAAAAGAAAUACAUGCACAUACUUUCUCUUGACCAAAGGGACAAUUUCAGAAUCAAGAUAGUGGGGAUUGGUGGCUACCCAUCACGGAUGUCGAUUUGGGAUACUAGCCCAGAGAAAUAUUCACUUCUCAAGAUGAAGGAGCUUCUGAAAUACUUUGGGGGUGGAGAGAUGAUCAAUACACAACCGGAUGGUCAUCAUACAGCAACGCAAAUGGGGAGCGGCCAUUUUCCUUUUGAAGGCUUCGGAAAAGCAUCAUUCUACCGUAAUCUUAAGUUCAUCGAUGCCAGUUUCAACGAGAGAAAUGGAGAGAAUGUCGUCAAGUAUGUGACCCAGGCCUCAAUGCUAUGAUUUACACAUCGAUGAGGACAAGUCUGGUGCACAUGGAGUCCAUUUCUACUAUGGGCGUCCCAGAUUUUCGUCCCACUGUCCAAAAUAUCGCAUGCACUUGUGAUGAUACAGCGAUACCAACUACCCUUAUGAGUGCCAUGUCAAAGGGAAGUGACAUUGUAAAUGUUCAGCAGCAGAUGUAUCGUCUUUACUGGUCUUACUCAAAAGCAAUAAAGGAGCAUUUGCGAUUGCACUUAA